AUGGAACUCAUAAGAAACGAAAAGGCUCGCUAUGUAACCUAUCAAAAGAGAAAGAAGGGCUUAAAGAAGAAGACUUGUGAACUACAAACUCUAUGUGAUGUCCAAGUCUGCCUGAUCAUCUAUGGACCUAAGUUAGAUGAUAAUUCCACAGAGGUAGAAAUCUGGCCCCAAAAUCCCAAUGAUAUUCAACGCUUGAUUGACACCUAUAGAAACCAAUCUAUUGAAGAUCGUCAUAGGAGGACGCUUGAUUUAUCCAACUUUUUUGAGAACCGAAACCAAGAGAUUGAAGACGCGCUUGUCAAACUACGUAAGAAGAAUGACAAGGCUUUGUACUCUACAUGGGAUGAUUGUUACAAUGACUUGUCAGAGGGGCAGCUGAGAGCCUUUGAAGGUAUGUUGGAGGGUAAGCUUGCAGAUGUGAAGGCCAGGGUUGAAUUCAUGAAGGGAACUCAAGCAUUGGCAAGUCUUAACGAUAUGGAACAAACCACUCAACAAAACCAUUCGAAUCAUUUCAUGCAAGGUUUGUUUGGUACUACAAGUUUGCAAAUGGGGAUUAUCCACGAGGAGAUGCCUAUUUCUUCGUUGAAUUUGUUGCAUGAAAUUAAUGACAUCUCUCGUCAUUACCCUUUUGAUCAGACUGAUCACCAGGGAAUUGUUGAGCUUGAUGCAAAAUCCAUGGCAAUUAGUCCAAUGAUGAUGCCAAUGAACAACAUUAAUGACACUCAUUACACUCAACUUGGCGGUAUGUCUAGCAGCAACUUGCAGUGCAUUGAUCCACUAAAGACGUCUAUAUAUAAUGAUCCAAUAAUGUUAUUGCCCUCUCUAGAGCCUGUUUUAACAGGAGUCUCAUGCACUGAGUCGUCCUUUUCAAUGUCUAGGAUGAUGGAGAACGAGGUUCGUAAAAAUCACCAUCCUUCACCCUCUAUGGCUUACUAUGGCGGUUCAAGCAUGCAGACAAUGUCACCAUAUAUGUAG